CCAUAUCUUCAGUUUCUUGAGGCAAAGGGAAAAGAAGCAAGCUUCUUACUAUUAUUUCUAUAGUAUCAGAUAAUCAAUUUUGCUCUUCUUCGUCUUCAGUUGACCGAUCUAUACCCUUAAAUCAGAAUGAAUUUUAUAGCUUCAAAGCAACCUGAAAAUAGAUUACUAGGCCCUGAAUCUGACACGCAAAGGACUCUGUACCCAUACGUGACUGGAACAUCAGUUGUGGCUUUAAAGUAUAAAGAUGGGAUUCUGAUGGCUGCUGAUAUGGGAGGUUCAUAUGGGUCCACGCUGCGGUACAAGAGUGUGGAGCGAAUGAAGCCUAUUGGCAAGCAUUCUCUUCUGGGUGCAAGUGGAGAAAUCAGUGAUUUCCAAGAGAUUUUGCGUUAUCUUGAUGAGCUUAUCUUGUAUGACAAUAUGUGGGAUGAUGGCAACUCUUUGGGGCCUAAAGAGGUGCACAAUUAUUUGACUCGAGUCAUGUAUAAUAGGCGUAACAAGUUCAAUCCAUUAUGGAACUCCCUUGUACUUGGUGGAGUUAAAAAUGGACAAACGUAUCUUGGAAUGGUGAAUAUGAUUGGUGUAAACUUUGAGGACAAUCAUGUUGCAACUGGGUUUGGUAAUCACCUUGCACGGCCAAUUCUUCGGCAAGAGUGGCAUGAGAACUUGAGCUUUGAAGAUGGUGUUAAAUUACUGGAGAAAUGCAUGCGCGUUCUGCUCUAUCGUGAUAGAUCAGCUGUUAACAAGCUUCAGAUAGCUAAGAUCACUGAAGAAGGUGUGACAAUUUCCCAGCCAUAUUCAUUGAAGACCUACUGGGAAUUCUCUGCUUUCGAGAAUCCUGCUCAGGGCGCCAUAGGAUCAUGGUAGCUGUAGCAAACAGUUUAUCAUUUCUGGAAACUGUUAUGGUAUCAAAAGAACAUUAAACAAUCAACUAGGAGUUAAAAAAAUUUGAUGCAUCUUUAUGUUUACUGACUUGUGAGUUCUGAAGCAACUUUAUGUUUCUGUAAAACAAUUAAGUUUGAGGUUGAUUAUCAUGAUUAAUGAGACAGCAGAUGCUUUUUCCUUUCUUUGUUUUUGAG